UUGAGCGCAUCAGCAUCAUGGUGAUUCUCCUGAACUGUGUGACUCUGGGCAUGUACCAGCCCUGCGAGAACAUUGAUUGCUCCUCCGACCGCUGUCAGAUCCUGCAGGCCUUCGAUGCCUUUAUCUACAUCUUCUUUGCACUUGAAAUGGUGAUAAAGAUGGUGGCUCUGGGGAUCUUUGGCCGGCGCUGCUACCUGGGGGACACUUGGAAUAGGCUGGAUUUCUUCAUUGUCAUGGCAGGGAUGGUGGAGUACUCACUGGACCUUCAGAAUAUCAACCUGUCUGCCAUCAGGACCGUGCGGGUGCUGCGACCACUCAAAGCCAUCAACCGGGUGCCGAGUAUGCGCAUACUGGUGAACCUUCUGCUGGACACCCUUCCCAUGCUGGGCAAUGUUCUGCUGCUUUGUUUCUUUGUCUUCUUCAUCUUCGGCAUCAUCGGGGUGCAGCUGUGGGCCGGGCUGCUGCGCAACCGCUGCUAUCCGGAGGAGAACUUCACCCUGACUUCAGGCAUCUCUUUGCCUGCCCCUUACUAUCAGCCCGAGGAAGACGAUGAGCGGCCCUUCAUCUGUUCGCUGGCGACCGAUAACGGCAUUAUGUCAUGCCGUGACGUGCCAGCAAGGCGAGAGGGUGGCCGCGAAUGCUGCCUGGACAAAGAGGAUGCGCUGCAGCGGCAGGCACUGGGCCUGGGCCCUGAGCCACUGGUCAAUGGCACCGCCAGCGACGUGGGCCUCUGCGUCAACUGGAACCAGUACUAUACCCGCUGCCACACGGGCCACAGCAACCCGCACAAGGGCGCCAUCAACUUCGACAACAUUGGCUACGCCUGGAUCGUCAUCUUCCAGGUGAUCACCCUGGAAGGCUGGGUGGAGAUCAUGUACUACGUGAUGGACGCCCACUCCUUCUACAACUUCAUCUACUUCAUCUUCCUCAUUAUCAUUGGCUCCUUUUUCAUGAUCAACCUUUGCCUGGUGGUGAUUGCCACACAGUUCUCUGAGACCAAGCAGCGGGAGCACCAGUUGAUGCAAGAGCAGCGGGCACGUUGCCUGUCCUCCAGCACUCUGGCCAGCAUGGCCGAGCCGGGCGACUGCUACGAGGAGAUCUUCCAGUAUGUGUGUCACGUGCUCCGCAAGGCACGCCGCCGCUCCGCUGCCCUCUACAAUGCAUUGCGUGGCCGCCCACCACCGCAGGGGGGCAGCCGUUGCAGGGCAGGCAGGCUUGGGAGCAGCACCAAUGUAAAUGGCGGAGAGAGACAUCACCAUCCCCAGCUCUCAUCUACCUGUCCCCACCACGGCAAGUCUGAGAAUAACUCGCAAACACUGGGCAGCCCCACCCCCCUGUCAGAUGUGCCCGACCCUGAUGACUGCCCCCACUGCAACAUGGCCCUGUCCAUCAGGGCCAGCGAAGAGGAGGAGGAGGAGGAGGAUGCUGUGGAGGAAACUGAUGGGGAGGGCAACCAUUUGGAAGACGGGGCCGACGAGGAGGUGGACCACAAAAAAAUCGGGAAGAAGCAGACAUGCUGGGGCUUUUGCAAGGGCCUCUGGGAUGAGAUGCGGCUCAAGCUGUGGGGAAUUGUGGAGAGCAAGUACUUUAACAGAGGGAUUAUGAUAGCCAUCCUCAUCAAUACCAUCAGCAUGGGCAUAGAGCACCAUGAUCAGCCAGAGGAGCUCACCAAUGUCCUGGAGAUCAGCAACAUCGUUUUCACCAGCAUGUUCACCCUGGAGAUGAUCCUCAAGCUCACUGCUUUCGGCUUCUUCAGCUACUUGCGCAACCCCUACAACAUCUUCGAUGGCAUCAUUGUCAUUAUCAGUGUGUGCGAGAUUGUCGGCCAGGCGGAUGGCGGUCUGUCAGUGCUGCGGACCUUCCGACUCCUCCGUGUCAUCAAGCUUGUGCGCUUCAUGCCCGCACUGCGGCGACAGCUGGUGGUGCUCAUGAAGACCAUGGACAACGUGGCCACCUUCUGCAUGCUGCUGAUGCUCUUCAUCUUCAUCUUCAGCAUCCUGGGAAUGCACAUCUUUGGGUGUAAAUUCAGUCUGAAGACAGAAGCUGGGGACACUGUUCCAGACAGAAAGAACUUUGACUCACUGCUCUGGGCCAUUGUCACCGUGUUCCAGAUACUGACCCAGGAGGACUGGAACAUGGUGCUGUACAACGGCAUGGCCUCCACCUCCCCUUGGGCCGCACUUUACUUUGUGGCCCUCAUGACCUUUGGGAACUAUGUCCUCUUCAACCUGCUCGUGGCCAUCCUGGUGGAGGGCUUCCAGGCUGAGGGGGAUGCAAAUCGAUCUUACUCUGAAGAUGACAGGUCUUCAUCCAACUUUGAUGAGAGCGAGAAGCACAGAGAUUCUCUCCACAUCUCAGAUCCAAAGAUAUGCACAUUUACUCCAAACGGUCAUCUGGACAUGGCGCUGGCGACAACCACCACAGGCGCGUACCAAGCAGAAAGGCUCAGCUUCGGCCUCAAGUCGCGGAAGAACAGCGUGAGCUCUCUGGGCCAAGCUAACCUGGAGCAACGAACUCUGUGCACCGGUCGCAGUUCCCUUUACCAGAACUGGGGGCGCCCUCACCCCCAAUCACUGUGGAGCCGACGAUCGAGCUGGAACAGCCUGGGCCGGGGCUCCAGAGGCCUGGGGGUGGGUGGAAGCAGCCUGAGGGCGCGCAGUCCCAGCUCCAACCCAGCCGAACACGAGUCACUCCUCUCACCGCCACCGCUGCCCCCUCCACCUCUGCUGUCCCGUCGCUUUGCCCCACGCCGCGACCGCCGGGCCCUCUCUCUGGAGCUGCCCGAAUUGCUGCAGGUCCCCGGACCACCCCUGCACCCAUCGCCUCGGAAGAAGAGCUUCUCGGGAGUCUCGGGACCAGGGGUGAGCAGCGAGCACCAGGAUUGCAAUGGCAGGACCCCCACGCCACAGGCCCAGCCCCCGCUCCUGGGAGAGGUCUUCCCGCAGCUCAACACUCGCAAGGAGAGAGAGGAACUGGACGAGGAGAUCGACUACAGUCUGUGCUUUCGGGUGCAGAAGAUGAUGGAGGUGUACAGGCCGGACUGGUGCGAAGCCAGGGAGGACUGGUCGGUGUACCUCUUCUCGCCCCAGAACAAAUUCAGAUUGCUGUGCCAGUCUGUCAUUGCACAUAAGUUAUUUGACUAUGUAGUGCUGGCCAUCAUCUUCUCCAACUGCAUCACCGUGGCCCUCGAGAGGCCCAAGAUCCACCAAGGCAGCUUGGAAAGACUUCUCCUCACUAUCUCCAACUAUAUCUUCACCAUCAUCUUUGUAGGGGAGAUGACACUCAAGGUGGUUUCCAUGGGCCUGUACCUAGGAGAGCAGGCCUACCUCCGCAGUAGCUGGAAUGUCCUGGAUUGUUUCCUGGUCUUCGUGUCCCUCAUCGACAUCGUGGUGUCCAUGGCGGGCGGGGCCAAGAUCCUUGGCGUGCUGCGUGUGCUCCGGCUGCUCCGUACAUUGCGCCCCCUGAGGGUGAUAAGCCGAGCUCCGGGGUUGAAGCUGGUGGUAGAGACCCUGAUCACCUCCCUCAAGCCCAUUGGGAACAUCGUCUUGAUCUGCUGUGCGUUCUUCAUCAUCUUCGGUAUCCUGGGAGUCCAGCUCUUCAAAGGCAAAUUUUUCUACUGCUUGGGACCAGAUGUGAAGAACAUCACCAAUAAAUCUGACUGCCUCCUGGCUAAUUACAAGUGGGUCCAUCACAAGUACAAUUUCGACAACCUUGGCCAGGCCCUGAUGUCCCUGUUUGUGCUGGCUUCUAAAGACGGCUGGGUUAACAUCAUGUAUCACGGCCUAGAUGCAGUGGGCAUCGACCAGCAGCCCAUUAUCAAUAACAAUCCCUGGAUGCUUCUGUACUUCAUCUCCUUCCUGCUGAUCGUCAGCUUCUUUGUACUCAACAUGUUUGUUGGCGUCGUGGUGGAGAACUUCCACAAGUGUCGGCAGCACCAGGAGGUGGAAGAGGCCAAGCGGAGGGAGGAAAAGAGGCUGCGGCGCAUGGAGAAGAAGAGGCGAAAGGCACAGAAGCUGCCCUACUAUGCUGGCUACAGUCAUGCCCGCCUGAUGAUCCACUCCUUUUGCACCAGUCACUACCUGGACCUCUUCAUCACUUUCAUCAUCUGCGUCAAUGUGGUCACUAUGUCCCUGGAGCACUACAGCCAGCCUCACUCAUUGGAGAUAGGUCUCAAAUACUGCAAUUACUUCUUCACCUCCACCUUUGUUCUGGAAGCUGCUCUCAAGCUCAUCGCCUUUGGAUUCCGCCGCUUCUUCAAGGACAGGUGGAAUCAGCUGGACCUGGCCAUCGUGCUGUUGUCUGUGAUGGGCAUCACGCUGGAGGAGAUUGAGAUCAGUGCUGCCCUGCCCAUCAACCCCACCAUCAUCCGCAUCAUGAGGGUGCUGCGCAUUGCCCGUGUCCUCAAGCUGUUGAAAAUGGCCACGGGAAUGCGCGCCCUGCUGGACACUGUGGUUCAAGCCCUGCCGCAGGUUGGGAACCUGGGGCUGCUGUUCAUGUUGCUCUUCUUCAUCUAUGCAGCCCUUGGGGUGGAGCUGUUUGGUGAGCUAGUGUGCAACGAGGACUACCCCUGCGAAGGGAUGAGCCGCCAUGCCACCUUCGAGAACUUCGGCAUGGCCUUUCUCACCCUCUUCCAGGUUUCCACAGGGGACAACUGGAAUGGGAUCAUGAAGGACACACUGCGUGAGUGCCCUACAGGCGAGUACAGUUGCAACAGCAGUCUGCAGUUCAUCUCACCUCUGUACUUUGUGAGCUUCGUACUCACGGCGCAGUUCGUGCUCAUCAACGUGGUGGUGGCCGUGCUCAUGAAGCACUUGGAUGACUCCAACAAGGAGGCGCAGGAGGACGCAGAGAUGGAUGCAGAGAUUGAGCUGGAGCUAGCGCAAGGCGCCCUCUGCUGCAUGGGGGGGCUGGUCGGAGGCACUGGAGGAAGCAGAGGAGGCACCGGUGCAGGGGACAAGGGCGUGGGAGAUGGAGGGAACCGACAGGGUGCGUGCAGCAGUGCCAACCCCAGCAGCACCACCCCCAACAAAGACCCGCAGAACCCAAGCAAGCUCUACUCCCCAGCACAGGAGAGCCUGUGGCUAGACAGUGUCUCCCUCCUCAUCAAGGACUCCCUGGAGGGUGAAUUGCUCAUGAUUGACAACCUGUCCGGCUCCGUUUUCCACCACUACUCCUCCCCGCCGGUGUGCAGAGACUGCCAGCGCCACCCGCAGGAGAUCCGAUUAGCUGAGGUGGAACAAGUCUCUCUGAGGUCAGAGCAGCUCUCAGACAAGUCAUCAUCUCCUGCGCUCCCUGAUGACCUCAGCCUAGAUGACCAGAGCGUGUACCAGCUGCUGGUUAGAGACAGCAGGGAGGAGAGAGGCAGUAGCAACUCCCACAGCUCAGAUGAGCUAAAUGGGCUGCAGAGGGAGGCAGCAAUACCGGGUUGCAGCCCAGGAUUCGAUGAAGAGGAGAAACUUCUUGAGACAGCCUUCUUGGACCCACCACAGCCUCAGCCCUCACUGUCCCACGGCACAGGUGGUGCAUUAAGCCCUAGGAGCAGUAGGGGAGGUGGAGAGGAAGGUUUGUCCACACUCUUUCACCUUCCCGCUGAGUUUUUCCAUCCCGUUGCCCCACCCACUUAUGUCAGUACUGGUGAAGGGGGGGUGCCAUCACACAGAGGACACAGGCUCACCUCGCCAGCUUCCUGGGCCUCUCUCCGGUCCCCAGGAGCAAACAGCAGGCUUCCUGGAACACAGUAUUCCUCCCAUAGCGAAUCAUCCCUGGCCACAGGAAGUUCAGAAGGCAGUCUGCAGACCACUUUGGAGGAGGGGCUGAGUUUCAGUGUCUCACCUCCUCAAGACCUUGGUCUACCCCUGCCUCUGCUCUGCCCUCUUGCAGAUGACCAGAACUGUCCCCCUGCACAACCUCUGGUACACCACUCAUCUGACCCACCAGCUGUAAUUAACCUUCAGGUCACAAGGGGUCACCAAAGAAGUCAGAGCAGUUGUGGGGGCAGCAACAGCCCUGGCUGUAACAGGCAAGACUCUAUAGACCCCUCUGAUGAAGACCUUGGUAUAGGGAUUGGAGGAUGUGGAUCCAGCCAAGCCUGUAACAGUGAACAUUUAUCAGAGACUUUGAGCAGCCUCUCACUCUCAUCGCUUCUCUCUCCUGGCUCACUUGUGCCACCACCGGUAAAAAAAUGCAAUAGCACAGGAAGCCUGGACCAAGGGAGCCUGUCUGCAAGGGGGAGGGACACCCGUCCAUUUUAUGGUGCGGACGCACAGGGUUACCUCUCCAGCCCUUGGACUGAAGACAAAAGUAGCGAUGGAGGAGAGAGGGGGUUGGUGCGAUUUGAAUUAAAAAGUGCGAACCAACCAACCGUCACAGCUUCUAGAAAAAACAGAUGAGAGUUCCCAUUACUUGUUGUUUCCAAAGGUCCCCUCUUCUUCCCUCUCCUUUACAAGAGGGCUGUUUGACAAAAUGUCCUGUAAAACCUCCUGUCGUUUGUGAUCCCAAUUUGUAUUUCCAUAGGAGUGGUUCAAGCUGAAAAAUAUUUUAUUUGAAUGGGAUUACACAGAUUGCCAAGGAAAUGCCCCGUUUUAGGAUGCUGUCUCCAUUGUGAGACUGGAUAUGAAGUUACUGUUGAAACAGAGCAGCACAAGGGAAAAAGAAGGUAAACAAAGCAGGAGAAGCGUGGAUACAAACAAACCUGAAAACCCCCCCGAAUGGGCUUCCAGUGCCACUGAAAGUUUUAAUGCAAAAAAAGACAAAGUUUUUGAGACCUUGUACAGAUUCAGUGGUGCAGGGAACAUUUUACUAAAGUAUUCAGACCGAAUACCAGCCUUUUUGAGCAACAGGUGAAAGAUUAUGAUUUAGACGGAGCAUGAUUUUUCAGGUCUUGCGGCAAUGGGGACUUGGUUUUCCCGAAGAGAUGAUGUAAAUGCUUUGCCAGGACUUGAACUCAGCUUAACUUCGGUCCUUUUCCUUUUUCCGUAAUAGAAAGCAAUGCAGAGGGAAUCUGAGUCAAGGAACAAGCUUUGUUGUCAGGUGUUAGUCUGGAAGACAGAGAAAGAAGGAAAAAUCAAGAUCUACGUGAAGGUGGGGAGGAAAAAAAAGAAGAAUCAGCUAGUGUCUCUGCCAGUUGACAGUCCAGGUGAUGGGUGCUGAAAGGAAACGGAGACUAGCCCGAAGACGAGAUGCUUCCAGUAGCUGCAAUAAAAAUGGUACAUAAGACUGUGUGGAAAAGAACACGGUCACUGUGAGGCUGUGAGGAAAACAUCAGUACUGCUUCCAGAAGAAGUGCUGUUCUCUGGUGUCCAGUCAACCUGAAGUUACCUCUAGUGCCCGAUCAGUUGCGUAUUACGAUAUAGAUAAAUGUCAUAGUGACAGAGACAAAGAGAACAGGUGAACACAACUUUUUCCAAAAGUGGGCUUUUGGAUCCUAUUGCUCUUUUUUUAAAACAUACACUAAGAUGGAAGGAAAUCUUAGCAUAUGAUUAUUUUUUAAUAUCAUUUUAUGGAUUUUACUGAUCAAAGAAGGACGAGAAGAAGAGAAGCACUGUAAGUUCCUCAUACUAUUCUGAACUUGGGGUUAUCUAUGUCAUAUAUAAAUUCAUUUUCUGCAAAUGGCUUCCAUUUUUAAACACCUCUGUGAAUGCGAGAGAAAGGCUCGUACAAGUGGAAGGCCUCCUUGGAAAUGUGUCUGCUGGUGGAGGAUUACCUUCAGGCUUGGAAUAUCAACUGAAGGUCCACAAAGAGAGGAAAGAUCAAUACCAUUAAUGCAGGUCAAAGUGUGUACAGCUCAAGGACUUUCAUGGAGCACCGGUAAAAUCAUAUUUGAGUCAUGGCUGCUGUAUAAAUGAGAGAGGACACUGUUCAUUUGAGUUUUAUAGUGCAUACUGAUAUAUAUUUGCCAAAAGAUGAUCCAUACUGAUUAAUAAAUGGUGGUGUGGUUAAUGGAUUGCAAUAGGAAGCCUCUUAAAAUCAUGUUUUAUGCAUUCACCUCGAUGAACCCUUGAUUGAUUGAUCUCAAAUGAUAUGUGUUCAUGUACAAACUAAACAUCUGUUGAACCUUGCGAUAUAACACACCCUAUUUACCCUAUUUACAUGAUUUUUUGAUACAGAGUGAUGUUUCUCUGCUCAUCUUCAGUUCAGGUAAUGGAGAAGAUUAACCACCUCACAUACACUGUAAAGCAGUUACAGUUGAUUAAAUUGUAGGGACAUUAAUAAUGUUCACAUGCACUGCUAUAUGUUAUUUGCACCUAUCAUUCUCAAAUUGUGAUGUUUUGGCGCUAUCUGCUUGCCUAAGUAAUGAUUACAGAUUUCCCAGCACAACAAAUUUUUCAGAGUUUUUUUUUUAUUUUUGCAUCGAUUUUGCAUUGAUUAUGAUUCGUUAUAGUUUACUGAUUACAAAAAUAUCACUAUCAUUUCUUCUAGUGUCCCUUUUAGUUUGGUACUUUACAUUGGUAGAUUGUAGAUGGCACCAGAACAUUCUAGAAAGCAUUCGAUCCUAAAAGAAACUGGAAUAUUCGGUGCCUGGAACCCGGUGUCGAAAUUCGCCAACAUUUGCUAAUUUCAAGAAUGUGGAAUAUUUCUCUUAAAACUGACAUAUAGUACAAAAUAAUUUGACUUAAGAUUUUUGUUACAUUGUAUAAGUGGAAUAAAAUGUUAGGGUAAUACGGCUCAUCCCAAAUGUCAGUAGGUGUUUCAGAGAUCAAUGUUCUCCCGUCAUCCAAACUCCAAGGUCAAACAGCCCAGCCUGUUCUAGAGAGCACAACACAAACAAUGCAGAUGCGGACUAGUGCUGAGCCAGAGCCAAAGAGUUCGAAUGCAGGGCUGCAGAACGUGUGAGCAAGCUGGACUAUGGAUGAAGGAGUACAGAAGCAACACAUUAUCUGAUCGGCUAGAGAUCGGAGCUUAAGAUGUAAAAUAUCCCCAAUUACAGUAUAUUUUUGUAAUAUCCUAAUAGCUUUUCUUGGCACCGGGUGAAAUCAACUGAUUUAAAUGAUGUUUAAAUUUUACAGCUUUCACUUCCUUUGGAAGCCUUCUCUUGAUUAUGGCUGCCAUCUAAAUAGACGAGAACUGAUGUCUCUUUUCUUGCACAGCGAGAUCUUUUCAUUUGACCACCACAAAGGUUUUAAGUAGGAAAUGAGAGAAUUGUAUGCCCUUUUACUGUCUGCCAGGCUACAGAUGAACUAAAUCUGAUCUCAGAUUGGAGUUGACUGCAACAAAAAUGAAUACUUUUUUCACCAGAGGCGUAAGUAAAAG